GCUGCAAGGCGCUUCAACCCUGUUUCUUCUUUUCUUCUUUUCUUCUUUUCUUCUUUUCUUCCUUUCUCUCCUUCUUUCUCUUUUAUUAUUUACUUACCCCUCUCGCCCUCUCGACGCUGUGGUUUUCAAUUUUCCUCCCGCCGCUACCCAAAGUUACUGAUUGAUUCCUCUUUCGCAAACCUGGGGGUACAGAGGUUCAAAGGGCAUACAUCUGCGCCGUCGGACAUGAUGUAUGUUUCCUUUCUUUCUCUCAACGUUGACGGCUACACUGCGCAAUCAUGACGGAGAAGAAGGUUUUCUUAGAUGCUGCGGAUUUUCAAAAAGGUCUUAGCGCCCUUGAUACAGAGCUGGGAAAGAAUGCAUUCAUCGUCGCUUUCGCUCCGAUAAAAAUAAUAGCAGCCGGCGGCUAUUUUGCCAUCACAUACCUCAAAAACCGCACGGCUACGACAGACUUGGACUACAUCGCCGACCCCCAGUGGGCAGCUGAUGAGGAAAUCAAAAAGCCCAUCCAAGAGGCCAUUUUCGAAGUCUCGACCGCUCUGAAUUACAAUGAGGAAUGGAUAAACGAGGACAUGGCCUUGUUCGUGGCUGGGAGGACGAGACAACAGCUGUUCGAGCAAGCCGAGCGGCAAAACAUUGUCCUAUUCAAAGGCGAAAACCUCACCGUCCUUGCUGCGCCGGUCGAAUGGGUGUUGGAGCGGAAGAUCAGGAGGAUACACACCGGUGACAGGGGUCGGAAGGCGGAGUUGGAUAUGAGUGACGCUUUGGCAUUGCUGAAGUAUAUGAAGGAUAGGAAAGGCGAGCUGCUCGACAAAGAGCAUAUUCGCACCUUGAAUUCUAAUUCGUUUGAUAUUAUUCCGACGAGAGAAACGAUGGAGCAGGUGGCUGCAGCGUUCUGGAGAAAGUAUCGUGGGAAUAUAUUCGCUUGAGCUGGAGGAAACUUCUUCCCGGUAGGCUUCCGUUUGGCGAAAUUGGUGGUGGCGUAUAGAUCCGAUAUCAGUGUUUAAUCCUUGAGUUAUACCAAUCGUAGCGUUCUUUGUUGGGAAGAAAAAAAAAAAAAAAGAAUAGGAUAUAUUAAACCCUGUGACUAUUAUUUUUCUAAAUCGUAUACAACCAGCCCACAUUCGUGACAAUGUUUCGCCGCGCGAAAACUUCGUUCUUCCCGUUCUCCUCAAGGACUAAUUUCCCCUCACUGUUCAC